AUGGCGCAGCGCAAGGGAGGUUGGGGCUCUUUCCUAGGCACCGCUGUGUCAGGCCUUGAGUCGCGGCUGGAUAGUAUCCUCACCGACGAUGACCAGGCCAGCGCGAAGUCGAGGGCUGUCGAUGCGGCGGCCAAGCAGGAAGCAGCUGAGAAGCAGCGUUUGCAGGUCGACCAAGUGUCUCGUAGCUCCUCACGAAGCAGGCCGAACUCGCGAUUACAGGACCGGCUCGCGAAAGCCGUCAACAAGGGAAAGGACGGCACCGACUCGAGGCCGUCUUCUGAACUAGGGUCACGGCCAGAGAGCCCUGCGCUGAAGAGCCCGGCAAAUGAUGUUGCAAGGACGAGCAUAGACUCAAGGACAUCGGAGACAGCACCAGAAAUUCCGCUUGACAGCAAGCCUGACGUAUCCAAAAUCGAGGAAGCGAACCCUGAACCAUCUCCCCGACCGUCAGUCGAUGCCACGCCCGUAUCUCCUCCAGCAUUAUCUGUCGUAUCAGAACAGCCUACGUCUAUGGCAGUCCCAACCAUGUUCAUACCUUCGAUCCUCACUCCGCAAACCUCGUCACCCCGCCAAUCCAUCGACAGCGCACCGUCUCGUCCUUCGAUUGAGAUAUCGACUCCCGCAGAACCCGCAAUCUCGGCGUCGCACGACCCCGAGACUCUCCAGGUUGAACUGUCUGCGCUGCAAACGAAGCAUGAUGAGACGGUCCGCGAGCACCGCGAGGAGCUGCAUUCCCACCUCGAACGUAUCGAUGCCCUGCAAUCGAAACUCACGUACCUCUCGCAGCAGCUCACCUCGUCCGCGAAAGCCGCAUCGUCAGACUCGGAAGCAACACCAGCAGACAAGAAGUUAGCGGAAAAGGAUGCACAAAUUGCAGCCCUCAUGGAAGAGGGGCAGAGGUUGUCAAAAACGGAAAUGAAGCACAUGACGACCAUCAAGAAAAUGCGAGCGAAAGCUCUGGAAACGGACAAGGACAUAACAAAUCUCAAGCAACGGUUGUCCAAGGCUGAAAGGUCAUUUGCGGAGCAGACCGAAAGGGCACGGCGCGCCGAGGCUGCUGAAAAGGCAGCGCAGGAGAAGCUCAAGGUUGUUGCGAAGAUCGAGAAAGACAUUGAGCUGAUACGGUCCGAGCGAGAGGAGGCUGGUCUUACAAUAGCAGAGCUGAGGAGACAGCUCAACGAUGCGUUAACGAGAGCUGAAGAUGCGGAGAAGCGCGUCAAAACUGGGUCUUUGGAAGCGGAGAAGCGAAUUACGGCAUCAUUGCAAGAGGAUAUUGAAAACAUACGCAUCGAAAAGAAGCUCGCUGAGGACCGUGCAAAGAAGGACUUGCAAGAGGCGAGGGAUGAAGCUACGAGGCAACAGGAAAGAGCUAAGGUCUCUGAAAUGGAGCUGCGUGGCGAGAUUGCUAACCUCGAGUCCAAGCUUGAAUUACUUCGAAGCCGCUCCGAAGAAGUUUCGUCUUCGGCAUCCGGUGACUCUCAGGCCAAGUUGCUCCGGCAGAUCGAGACCCUCCAGACACAAUACGCCCUCGCCUCCGAAAACUGGCAGGGCAUCGAAGGAACCCUCACAUCACGCGUCGCGGCCCUGGAAAAGGACCGUGAUGACACGGCAAAGCGUGAAGCCGACAUCCGCCGAAAAGCCCGAGAGGUCAAUUCGAAGGCACGAAGGCUGGAAGACGAGCUCGACAGCAUCAAUGACCGCGCCCGAACCCUGGAGCAGGACCUCACCGAGCAGCGCAGUUCAGCUCAGAAGCUCCAAGCGCGUUUGACUCAAGCAGAAACAGCAGCGCAAGAUGCACGCGCAGACCUUGAACGCGAGAAGAAAGUCUUGGAAGCGGACUUUGCGCAAAAGCUGGAGGAGGAGAAAAAUAAGUGGAGAGUAGAGAUGCAGACUCAGGCGAGCCUUUCUGAAAACCAUCUCAGGACUGACUCUCCUGGAGCGAGCUUGAGAAGACAUUCGCCAGAUCCUCUGGGAAUAUAUGGUGCCAACCGACGGGGCGUGCUACCACGCUCGAUAUCCCAGGGCAUGGACACACCAAUGGACCGCAUGCUCGAAGAAGCCCGCCGACCGUCUUCCUCCCGACAAAAGUCGACAUCUACAUAUCAAAGAACCCCUGAAAUUGGGUCACCGCAAAGGCAGGACUCGUUCCCUUCUAUCUCAUCAAACCUGAUGAGCAAUGGCCACAGUGUGUCCAACACUCCCUCCAUCACCUUUGAUGACGCUGGCUUCGAGGGCGGUUCGUCCCCGCAUCGCACAAUCAACGACAUGAUAUCCGUCAGCACCGUCGGCGCCGGACCUAGCGUACAGCUUGUUGAACGUCUGUCUACCGCCGUACGCCGCUUGGAAUCCGAGAAAGCCACCAACAAGGAAGAGAUGGCUCGUCUCAUUAGCCAACGCGACGAGGCUAGGGAAGAAGUCGUUACCCUGAUGCGAGAAAUCGAUGAGAAGCGUGAACAAGGUGACAAAGUCGGGCGGCUGGAGAAGGAGAUGCAAGAGAUGAAUCAGAGGUACGAGAAGUGCUUGGAGAUGCUGGGAGAGAAGUCGGAAAGAGUUGAGGAGCUCGAAGAGGACUUGAAGGAUGUGAAAAAGAUGUACCGGGAUCUGGUUAGCAGCAAAUACUAG